UGUUAUCGGUUGGUUAGGAGUCGAUCUGGCGGUGCCGAGUACGUUUAGUCUCCUUAUUUAAAGCAUAACACGUCGUACGCAGUGGAAUCGAUUUUUUUCUCCCCUCAGUCAUGUACGGUCUCCUGAUAGUGGCACUGCUGGAUCUAACUCUCGAUGUGGUUGGAAGUGUCUCGCAAGCAGAGAUUACUAAACAUCUGGAGUACGGUAGAGAAUUCCUGGCGAAGGGUCAGCUACAGGAUGCGUUGUCACACUAUCAUGCAGCAGUUGAGGGAGACCCGAGCAAUUACUUGACGUAUUAUAAGAGAGGUACAGUUUAUUUAGCACUGGGCAAAGCCAAGUUUGCUCUCCUCGACCUCGACAAGGUUCUAGAAUUGAAGGCAGACUUUACACCAGCAAGACUGCAACGUGGUAAUAUUUUACUCAAGCAAGCUCAUUUUGACGAAGCUGAAAACGACUUUCACGACGUGCUAGCAUUAGAACCAAAUAAUAGGGAUGCCUUGAAUGCCUUAGAUAGGUUAUAUCCAGCUAGAGAAGAUAUGAAAUUAGUCGAUAUAUUUGUGUAUAACGGCGAUCAUAUAGCAGCUGUACAGCAAAUUACUCGACUCAUCGAGAUUUGUCCGUGGUCCUCGUAUCUUAGAGAACGCAGGGCAGAGUGUCAUGUUGCCCUUGGAGAUUUUAUGAGUGCCGUAUCGGACAUACGUUCAACUACCAAAUUGUUAUCUGAUAAUACGGAGGGUUUUUUCAAGCUUUCGACGUUGCUCUAUCGUCUUGGAGACGUUGAUGAGGCAUUAAAGGAAAUUCGAGAAUGUUUAAAGCUUGAUCCUGAUCAUAAGCAAUGUUUCCCCUUUUAUAAGAAGAUUAGAAAGAUAAAGAAAUUAUUACAAGAUGCUGAGAUAGCACUGGAAGAAAAGGAUUAUGACGCGUGCAUUGAUCCAGCUCGUCGUGUAUUAACACAAGAGCCAAACGAGCCGAAAGUGCAAUUCAUGGCUUAUCAUUAUCUCUGUAAAUGUUACUCAGAAAAUUCUGAGGCAACUCAGGCCAUUAGUAAUUGCCAAGAGGCUUUAAAUAUCAGAAGAGAACCGAGUGUAUUGUGCGACAGUGCAGAAGCAUAUCUUGCCGCAGAAAUGUUCGACGAUGCCAUCAGGGAUUUUAAGGAAGCAUUAGAGAUAGAUUCAAAUUUCCAAAGAGCCAAACAGGGAUUGCAAAAAGCGCAACAACGACAAAAGUUAUCGGAAUCGCGAGAUUAUUAUAAGAUUUUAGGCGUUCCAAGAACGGCGAAUAAGCGAGAUAUUAUCAAAGCUUAUCGGAAAGCGGCACAAAAAUGGCAUCCUGAUAAUUUCCAAGAGGGCGAUGAGAAGAAGCGCGCACAAAAGAAGUUCAUCGACAUCGCCGCUGCUAAAGAGGUUCUUACGGAUGACGAGAAGAGGGCGAAAUUCGAUCAGGGCGAGGAUCCUCUAGAUCCAGAAUCGGGCCGGCACCAGCAAGGCUUCAAUCCCUUCCAGGAGUUCCAUCACUUCCACGGUUCUCCCUUCCAGUUUAAAUUCCACUUCAAUUAAACACGUCCCUAUCUCGUCGUGAUAGAAAAAUUACUAUUCUCAAAUUCUAACGCGCAUGUAUGCGCACACCCGUCGCUUCAUUCGCGAUGGUAUCUUCACUUCGCUCUAGCCCGAAUUUCAUUUCGCUACCUCGUCGUUGGAAAUCGCACAUAUUUAAAUCCCGUAGAUGGACUCGGGAGAUCCUAUGUGCGCGAAUUGUGUCGGUAGAUCAGUGUCAUCUCGCGAUGGGCAACGUAAACUGUCUCGGCACGUAUCUGAUAAAACGCGAAGGUAGAUUUAAUUGCUCACACUAGUUUGUCUAUUGCAAAAACUUAUAAAUACAGUACUUUCUAGUACAUGCAGACUGAGCGAUGAGUAUAAUCCUAUUUCGGUUCACACAUAAACAUUUAUCGCGUGUAAUUUUAUCAUCGCAUUGUACCAACCUGUACACUACUGGUAAAUGAUUAAGAUCGUGAUUAUUUCCCACGUGCUGUAAUACGUAGGGAAUGUACAGUGAUCAUCACACUGCCACUGAUUGCUUCAGCGGCUGUCAUUUUUAGCUUGAGAAUGUGCGACAGGAUUGAAAAUAAGUUCGAGAGAUGUUAUGCCUUUAUCGAGUACGAUACUGAGCCGGUAUAUUUAUAUCAUUGUAUACUAUUUAUGCAUAUAGAAUUCGUACUCGGUAAUGUUCAAAUAAUGUGUAGAACAAUGCUGUGCGCUUGUCAUGUUUGCAUGUGUGUGAGUCAGACUUUCAUGUAAAUACUGUAUUUCUGAUAUUUGUUUAAAAAUAUAUUUGAAUAAUUUAUACAGAUA